AUGCGCAUGCGUGGCGAGAACAUCCAAACAAAUAUGGCUGCUUUUGAUCUCGAUCGUGUGAAGGUAACAGGAUGACGAUAAUUUUCAUUAAUUUCCAACAAUUCACCUUCAUUUGUACUCACCCUGAAUGUCCGAUUUUAGGCACAAAUAAACAAGGCGUUGGGGGAUGCCUCUGUGGUUGUAAAGUUUUCCUGUGCGACUGUUUGUCUGCUGUAUUGCUUGAGUUUUUUACCUAAUGUUUAUUCUGUGCUUGCUGUUACCCCUGGAUUGUAAGUUGCUAUGUUUUAAAAUUUAAUGUAUGUUUUUGUGUAUAGUUCGAAUCUUGUGGAUGGAUUUCUUAAAUGGAAUUUUUGAUUAAUUAUAUUUCUAUUUUCUCCUAAUUUCGAUUCUAAGCAAUUUAAGUAAAUAGUGCUUUUAUCUUGCACUUUUAGAGUUAAAAUGAUAGCCACAGACAUAUUGAAACUUAAAUUGCAUCUUGGGCCUUUUUAAAAAAUUGUACUUAAGCUUAAUACUUAUCCUACACUUUUCAUGCAUGCUCUGGGUAGAGCUGGUUUUAAUUUAAGAUUCAAGCUAAAAAUAUGUCAUUACACUUGACAUUAAUUACUGUUAAUAUUUUCUAAUAUCAUAAUUUUUCAUGAUUUUUACUAAAAUAUAUUUAUUUAUAUAUUUAUGUUGUUACAUAGUCAUCUGAUUCUCAAACCAGAAACUUGUCUGUGGGGUUAAGCCACUGUGAUUGUCAGAAAAAAUGUGUUUAUUAUUUAUAACAAGGUCAUAACUGUUUUAACUAUUGCCAGGAAAUGUUUUAAUUUUGUUUGUAUUUUGAUGACCUUAUAUAUCUUUGCAGCAUUAUUCCACCACAUUUCAGAAUAUGGACCUUAAUAACUGGAGGAUUUAUUGAAUAUAGAAUAUGGAAUGUGAGUGUAUACCAAAUGUUCUGAUUAUUUCAAGCAAAAAUAUACUGAUGUAUUUAGUUUGAAUCAAUUUUGUAUGGAUAUGACUUGAAUUGCCCUUUCUCUACAACAUUAUUUAUGGCAAAUGCUUCAGUAGGAUUCAAACCUCCUGUACUAGGUGACCGCUUUAUUUAUUGCUCAGAAAAUAUGUCAAAGGAUUCCUUACUGUAGGUGUACUAAAAACUAAAAAUGAUCAACCAGAGAUACAUUUGCUGUCUUUUAGAUGUUAAUAGAUAUUGCAGUUCUUGUAUUGUGUGGCCAGCUGCUAGAACCUCUUUGGGGAGCACUUGAAUUCUUGGUAAGUGACUGGCAUUCUUUGUGAUUUUCUAUACAAAUAUUGACAAUAGAAGUCAUGUCACUGCUGCAUGUGUUGGAAACAAGAGUUUUAAUUUUUAGUGUUGGACUAAAAGUUUGAUUUCUUUCUCUCCCUUUUUGUAGAAAUUUUUUUUGAUCUUGGAUAUAGGAACAUCACUUAUUACAUCAGCUGUUUGUGUGAUAGCAUAUGUUGCAACAUUUGACACACAUAUGUGGUAAGUCAUGUAUCAUUAGCACCUAUUAAGUUCCUUUCCUUCUUAAAAACAAGACUGGUUUUAAGUCCUGCCUUCCUGGGUUGUUCUCCUUUAAGUUCUCAUUUGCUUCUCUUAUCAUGGGAUUUUAACAGGGGUAACUUUCAACCACCAAUGUAUCUUUUUUCAAUGUUAUGAAACACGAGCUUAGUGUUUCAAGCAAAGGACUCUCAGUCAAGUAAUAAAGGUGCCAGGUCUAGUUGAGGAAUCUUUUUUUGUCUUAAAGUUGAAUGCAUUAUUUUUUACAAUUGUACUCUUUGCUCAAAAGUAUAAAUGGUCAUCAGUGAACUGUCAGGGUAGAUUUUAUUUGAUAAAAAUAAUACUCAGGCUUACUAAUUUUACAUCUUGUGGGGGGUGGGGGGGAUUGAUUGCAUUACUUCAAGUUGGUCUUUGCUACAGGAACCAAGAUUUGCUUUGGCCCCAUUGGACUGUAAGAGUUAUCUGGUGCCAGGAAAUUAUGGCAAAGAUCAGGUGGUUUUUAUUGUGAGAGUCAGAGUCAGAGUCAGAGACUUUCAAUUUUAAGUUUAACAUCUUUAUUUUUAAUUACUCCAAGGUUUUUACAGUUCAGUGGCAUGACUGGUAUUUUAUCUGGGAUGGUGGUUGCAUUCAAACAGAUCAAACCUGAACUGGAGUUAGGCUUGUCCUCAAUUGGCCUUCGUGUUAAGGUUAGUUUUUAAGGGCACAUUUACACAGGUUGGGAGAAAAGUUUCAAGUGGGUUUCAGAGUUCACCCUGUUUAUAACACUUUAUUUUUUUAUGUAUUUUGAUGGAAAAUGACAUUUUAUUCAAAUGUCAAUGAAAUGGUUGUUACAUGUGGUGCAGCACCCUUUUUGAAAAUUUUUGUAACAUUCGUUGGUAGUGGCAUAGCUAAAUACAGUUUGCAUACAUAUUGGUGUUUAACUAAACCAUUUCUUUUGACAAUUUAUUGAGAAUUGGUCUUAUUAAAUACAACACAGCAGAAGGGAAAAGAAGAGGUUAUUUUGCAAAGUUACCUUAACCCUUUAACUCCCAUGAGUGACCAACACAGAAUUACUCCUCACAUUAUCAAUACAAUAUCAACCAGAUAAGCAAUGAGAAUUAAGAAAAAUAUCAAUUUGGGGAUAAUUACUUGAUCCAAUACUUAAUUCUUGGAACUAGCACUAUAAGAAUUGUAUGGUUGAUAGUAAGGAGAAUGAAACAUUUGAUCUGGGAGUUAAAGGGUUAAAUAGUAUGUUACAAGUGAUAAUAGGAAAAUUUUUACUUUUUAUGAUUUAUUAAUCUUUUUUCAGCAUGUGCCACCUUUAGUUGUCAUUGUAUACAGUUUCCUGUGCAUACUUGGCUUUCUUCCUGUCAUUCUUUUGAUCAUGGUUCUAUCAGGAACAAUAAUUGCUUGGGUUUAUUUGAGAUUUUAUCAGCCACGUGGCAAAGGUGUUAAAGGAGACCUGAGUGAAAGUUUCUCCUUUUCAAGCUUUUUCCCAGAGGCUGUACAGUAAGUGAGCUGUUAUAAGUAUUUAUAUUUAAUUAAUCUGACUUUUAACUCACAGAAGUGACCAGUGUUAACUUCACCCUACAAUAUUUACAGAUGAUCCAGCUAAGAUGUGAUGAGAAUUACAUAUACACAUGAGGAUUCUAAGGAUUCAGGGGUUAUGGCCAGCUUAUUAUGAGUUCCCUGUUGCUUAGUGAUGGAUCAUCCAACCAUUAUCCCAUUUUCUUGUUCUACACUAGCAACAAAUGUAUUUUAAUGUGAACCUCAAAAAACCUUGAACACUUGAAAUAUUUCUGGAAUAGUGAUGUGACCUCAAAAAAAAAAAAUUAGGUAAAGAAAAACUUAACUGAAAGCAGUAACACUUUUUUUCUUAACUGGCUUUUUGGUUUGAUCUCAUGUCCAGAUUGUGAUUGGCCCAAUCAUGAUAAACAUUGUAGACAUAUUCCUGUUUUCUGGUUUUCUGGUUCAAUAGCAGGUAUUUUCUCCAAAGGUGUUAGGAAAUAAAUUUGAGUAAUAGUUAUGCUUUCUAUUUUUAACACAGGCCACCAGUGAGGACAAUAUCAACAAUUGUAUUUAACACACUGAUUGGUCUGAAAGUGUGCCACAAACCUAUCAGAACAUAUGAUGUGGGGGCGCCAUCAGCCAUAACAAUCAGUUUACCAGGAAUGGAUCCAGCAGAUGCUGAAAGGAGAAGGUAGAGUGUUUUUCUUUGACAGAAGAUAGUGUGGGUUGAGGACAUGGUUCUUGUAGAGUAAGGGUUGAUUAAAAUUGGGAAGAAAACAGGAAACAUUUUGAUAACUGGUGAAGUAAAUAUCUGAAAACUUAUUCAAUUCUUAAGUUCUUAACUCAAUUAAAAGUAAGAGUAAAUUCAAAUUUAGACAGAGCUUUCCUAUGUGCUGUAGGUAUACUCUUUAUCCACCAGCUGAUAGGUAUUGAGUAGAUGAAACUGACUUUUUACUGAUAUAACAUUAAGUAUCACUUGGGAGACUGGAUUCUUGCAAUCAAGUGCUUGAAGAGUCUCUUUGAACUAUUUGGUAGAGGUAGGAGCCAAGGGCUUCAUGUAAAGGACCUUGUGAUGGAAAUAUCAAGCUUGCUCUACAAUUGUAGACACAAUACCAUAUUGGUUCUGUAUUUUCCAGCAGAUUUCUUAUAACCCUCUUGAACAUUACUCCAUUUCAAUCUCUAACAUUGAGAACAUUCAUCUGCAAAAUCUUGUAUGAAGUUGUUGUGAACACUUUUUUAAUCGAAACAAAAAAACUGACAGAUGUCAAAGACUGUACUUCAAAUGCUUCCUCGUUUUCCUUUUUUUUAGACAAAAGGCGCUGAAAGCUUUAAAUGAGAGGCUUCAAAAAUUGGAGCAGACCUCUAGUUGGCCUUCGCUUGAUGGACCAGAAGGAAAAGACAGUCCACAAAGUCCAGGUGCUGUGGAAGAGGUACCUGAAAUAGUGGUUGAUCAGGGCACAUCAAAAAGGACUGAAGGAGUGCCAAACAGUUCAAGUGUCCCAACGUAACAGAUAGAAUUUGCGCUGGGUAGAGUUGUUCAAAGCAUAACUGGGUUUAAUUCAGCUAUAAUUGUCCCGGUAACAUAUGCAAUAAACCCUGGAAUAGUGCUAGACAGCUUUUGAUCAACCUGGCUCAGCUUUUGUCGUCGAUUCAACGUAAUAUAUAAAUAAUCCUAAAUACUCUCUGAAAUUGGUACCAAGAGCAACCGAUAUACUCCGCUCUGGAUUAGGGUAAAGUCACUAGUUAGGUAAAAUAUGCAGACACUGCAGUGAGGAUAAGCGUUGAGGUCGGUUCUCUCAAAGAGAGACACCUAAGUUUAGAGUCAUUCUGCAUAGCUAUGAAUCUUGCUGCGCAGCUGGAUGUAUACAUUUUAGAAGAGUUACAAAUUAUAUUGCUGACUGAAUGUUCGUUUUGUCGGCGAAGUAAUCUAUUUUACGAACCGGGUGCAAAGAGAAAGACCUGUUGCGAGCUAUCGGUUUUUGAUAAAGCGUUAUAUGUAUAAUUUUUGUCUCGUUUACAGUGUUAUUGAAUUAAUGAUCGUUUCAUUAAAGCUAUGGUGUAGUGGUGGACCGCUUUUUAAUUGAGUGUCGCUUGAACGAAACCGAAGAAAUUACAGCAGCUAGUCAGAAUCAAGGAAAAUAGUACGAGGAGUCAUUGAGACCUCAGGGUAAAAAGAGGCCAACUGCCGGAAGUGCGGGAAAACGCAAACGACCAAGGUUUAGUUUUGUGUGUGAUUGGUUGAGAGGGUAGUACGAGUUUUCUCGACCAAUCACAAAGCGAAGUCAAGGAAGAGCAUUGCCCGGAUGACUUUCGACAGUCAAUUGAAAAUUGCUUCACUCUAGUUUUUGUUCGUUUAUUUAUGUAUUUAUAUUUUAUGCACGAAUUAUGGAAUAAUGGGAAUCUUUCGACGAUAAAGAACGUGGCGAAAAAAAAAGAUGAACGGAAGUAUAAAUGUAAACGAAUCACAGCAUAGUGCCUCCCUUUCACGAGUCAUUGAUACUCUGCCGAGCUUUUCCUUGGAAGUGUUUUGUAGUUUCAACAAUUUUUAGAGGAGGAGCGCUUUCUGAAAAGCGGUGCUCGUAUUUUCACGAAUUCUUACAACCAAGUCCAGUCUGUUGGGACAUGCGGAUGUGAAAAUGCGAAAAAAACGCUUUUGAUGUAUUUGUAAAGAUGUUUUAAUCAUAGUUAUAAAGAGAGUGAACAAGAUUUAGUUCAGUAAAAGGAAAUGUUACAAAUAAAG